AUGCGAAUCAAGCGACUCCGGCAGAAGUGGAAAGAAGCGUGUCGCAAGGCCAUCGGGUGCCAUUGGGUUUUUCGUGUAAAGGAGAGUCAAGAUGGCGAAGUUGAACGUUUCAAGGCAAGACUUGUGGCCAAAGGAUUCUCACAGAAAUUCGGAGUUGACUAUGAAGAAACUUUCGCACCGGUGGCCAAGUUCACAUCGAUUCGUGUGGUGCUCAGUAUGGCGGCUAAGUACGGCCUAAUGCUACAUCAGAUGGACGUCAAGACAGCGUUUCUUAACGGCUCCCUCAACGAAGACAUCUACAUGGACCAGCCGGACGGAUACCUGGAUGCAACACAGCCGGACUAUGUGUGCAAGCUAAAGAGAUCACUCUACGGCUUGAAGCAAUCGCCUCGCAUGUGGAACCAAACAAUCGAUGGGUUCAUGAUCAAGAUGGGAUUCAAGAAGUGCGAAUCGGACCACUGCAUCUACAUCAAGCGAGACGACCAAGACAUGAUUCUCGUGGUGCUCUACGUCGAUGAUCUCAUCCUGGCCAGCAGCAACAACGAACUCCUCAAGUCAACCAAGAUGGCGCUGAGCAAACGCUUCGAAAUGACGGAUCUCGGUGGGCUCGAUUACUUUCUCGGCAUGGAGAUCAAGAACGACCGUAAGACGGGAAUGGUGACUGUACAACAAACCAAGUUUCUCCAAGUCCGUGUUAACCAAGUUCGGAAUGGAUAA